AUGUCGCUUGGGGACUCUAUAGUCGGUUCGGGCUGUUGGCAAGCGAUUCUCUGGCAGAGGCUCAACUCGACAGGACUCUUACAAUCGAAGAAGAUAGAGUUUGUUGGGACUCUCCACUCCAAGCAAUGUGGUUUCGCUUUCGAUGGUGAUAACGAGGGCCAUUCAGAUCAGCUUGUGACGAAGGUGGCAGAGCAGAAUAAAGUGUCGGAGUGGCUUGUAUCCGUCGAAUCCCCAGAUAUGGUGCUCAUGCAUUUUGGAACAUACGACCUACUUGCACAAGUGUCGCCUAAAAGGAUCCUAGAGGCAUACACGACCAUAGUCGAGCAGCUUCGGAAAUCCAACAUCUAUGUCAAGAUAUUCGUUGCUCAAAUACUUCCGAUUCACAGUGAUGCUUGCUGGAACUGCAACAUCAAAGUGAAGAGGCUCAACGACCAAAUUCCGAGUUGGGCGAGUCGACUAUCCAAGGGAGAUAGCCCAAUCUAUGUGGUAGAUCAGUAUGAUGGAUACCCAAGCAGAAACACAAUUGGAGGGAUACUUCCCGACGAGUUGGGCGAUGAGCUCUUUGCACGUAAAUGGUAUCAUGCCAUUGUUCCGCACCUUUGA